AUGGCUGCCACUUUCAAACAAAAGUUCAACCAAUCAAAAGAACUCUUGGUGCAAUUGAGAAAGAAACUUCUAGAAACAGAAAAUCUUGAAAUCCAGAAAGAAUUGCUACACCUGGUCAGUUUAUUGGAAUCGCCGUUGUUUUGUCGUCUCGUAUGUCUGGAGGACUCACUAUCUCAGCUGAAUGAUAUCUCGAAGUUGAAGGAUAUCAAAGAGGACAACUUCGAUAUCAACACUAACAGCGGCGAGUUGGUUUUUUUCUCGCGGAAUGCAUCCCACAGGAAGCCACUGUCAGGCGCUCUGAGGGCGAGCUUUCUCCAAAACAGAAAUCGGUCGAUAAAAAAUUCGGCUGCUAGUAAAAAAGUAACGGAAACGACUAUUGAUGACGUCGAAGAUGAACCAAAGAGUAAAAAUAUUGCCGAUAACGAUGUGGUGAAUAAUGAGAAUAAAAAAAAUUUAGAUGAAAAAAUUCCAAAUUUUGAUUGUAACAAUGAUAAUAAUAAAACCGAUCUUAAUAAUAAAACUGAAACCGGAUUGCUAAAAUUCAUCGUGAAAAAUGAAAAUGAUCGUGAAUCGAAAAAUGUUAAACAACAUUCACUCGACCAUGACAGACGUGAAGCUAGCAAGAAGGACAGACCUUCAACACCCCUUCCUACAAAAUCCAUCAAGAACAAAACUUACCACCAGAGUUUGGAGUUUCUUGAUACUUCCAACAAAAAAAAAGAUACGGGAAACACUUUCCAAAAAAUUCAGCUUAAAAAAUCGAGUCCUCAACAUGAUUAUGGCUUCGGGAUUGUGGAAGUGAAGGAUGAAAGAGGGUGCCAUGUGGGAUUUUUCGUUGAGGGAAUACUCUCUGAAGGAAUUGCUGCCAGGUUUAGUCAUCAUUUUUCCACUUUUCAUCAUUCCACAUUCAACUUCAUCUACUAA